UGUUGCAGUAUCCAAAUGGAAAUAAUGGCCAUCAUGAAAAACAAAAUAACAAAUUGACAUCUGCGCAACGGGCUCAGAUCGUGUGGUGCAUCUUACUCCGAAUCGGUUCUGGUAAUAAGCAAGACGCAAAUGUUAUGAGUCUUGAACAAUUACUCGAGACUGAUAUAAUUUCUGCCGCCUAUCCAAUACACGACGGUAGUAUUAAACUCGAAGAGGGAGACGACGUGAACAACAUCAAUGAUAGACGGGUUCUAUACGAAAAAUGGGCUAGGCCAGGUUUAAUCAUACCCCGAAAAUGGAAAACCGAUGAAAACAUUACUACUUUGAUCCGAAAGUAUUACGGAAUUCCGGUAGCUGUUUAUUUCUGCUGGCUUCGGUACUAUACCAUAUGGUUAGUUGGUCCUGCCAUAGCUGGAUUAGUGUGGUUUCUGUACGGAUUGAUAACCACUCGUAGCGAUGUGCCAACCCACGACAUUUGUGAUCCAAAAUCACAAGUCGCUAAUUGGAUCUUGUGCCCAACUAGAAGGUGCAAUGCGAGUUUUUGUGGCUUCACGCGGGUAUUGGACACUUGUGGGCUAUACAGAUGGACGUCAGCUGCGACUUUCGAUAGACCGGGUGCGGUCGUGUUUGCAGUUUUCAUGUCAUUUUGGGCCACGGCGUUCCAACAACUGUGGACCACGUACUCUUGGCAGAUGAACGAACGAUAUGAAGGCGAAUCACCACGAACGGCGUUCAAAUGUUGUUCCGACUGUUGCAGAUCGGACGUCGAAAAAGUACCACUACAGCGACCCACUAGGCCGCCGACCCCAGGACCACAUCAUUGCCGUCCAUCCGUCGCAGUUCGCGGGUCCGCCGUCCACCCGACCACGGUGUCGCCGCCGAACGCCAACCGUCGGUCGCCGGCGCUUUCGGUGGACGCGGUCCGCCGGUGGUGGAUGUCCAAACUGUCCGACGCGUUACGGGCGAUAGCGUUUUUUGCGACACUGGUCACCGUGGCCUCGGUGCCCAUACUGAUCGUGGUCUACCGGGGCCCGGCCAUCGGGUGGCUCAUGUCGGCCGUGUUCCACCAGGAUGGUGACGGACGGUCACCACCGACGGUAACGGGGGCCGGCCACGACGACGGCGGCGGCGACACCGCUGACCACCACAGGCACCACAGCUUCUUCCUGUUGAACUACACCAACAGCGGCGAGCUGAGCAGUUGGAAGGCGAUCGUGGCAGCCGCGUGCGCCACGUUUGUCCAGCUCACGGCAAUCGUGGCCGUCCAUCGCGGCUACAGUAGCGUGGCCGAAUGGCUCACCAAGUACUCGUAUCGCUCGACAUACAACCCGCGGUAUCAGAGCCGUUAUACGGUCUACAUGUCUUGCUUCGACUCCGCCAAUUAUUAUUCCAGCUUGGUUUACAUCGCUUUUUUCAAGGGCCGCUUCGUAACUGGACACGAACAACAUGCGGAUAGUUCGUCCAGAUUCACACAUUUUUGGCCCAUUUCUAUGUUUCGGAGUGUAAUGCAUCAUAUUAGAGAAGACGUUUGCGAUCCUGCGGCUGCUGGAACAGGAUGCGUGCCAGAGCUGUGCACCCAAUUGGCCAUUAUAAUGGUGGGCAAACAACUGAUUGACAACGUGAUUGAGUUGAUGACGCCGUUAGUCAUAUGA